AAUCAAGUAAAAAUGUUGGGUCAUUCUACUGAACUCACUUUGAUGUUGCUAAAUAUUUUUCUCUAUUUAACGCUAUUUUAGUGUUCUUUUGCUGAAAAACUACCCAAACCAAGAUCCCUCGAGUGAAUGGGCCUAACUCUAUUUAAACUUUGUCUUUGAUCCCUCAACAAUCUUGGUCUAAACGAGUUGCAAUAAGAUUACAACAUAAUAGAAACUAAAUCACUGCACUCUGUCCCCAGACAUACAGUUCUCUAGCCUGCUCUAUCAAGUUCUAAGGCUUUAAAGCACUUUCUAAUGCUAAAGAAAUAAGCACAAAUAGAAGCAAUGAACACAUAAAGAUAACUUUAAAUAGAUAGUAAGAAAGUAUUACAUCAAAGGUUUAGUAGAACUCCCCAACAAGAGAUUUAGUCUUUCAUUACAAGUUAGCAACUUUCAGCACAAAGGAUAGAUUUUGAGGAAAGAUAAAUGCCACAAAUGGUUGAGGAUGUCUCCUCCAACCUCCAGAUGCUCUGAUGUUCUAGCUUCUUCUUUUGCUCUACUUUUUGUCUCUCUCUUUAUUUUACGCCAACUUUAGUGUUUUAAAGGCUCCUUGACGUUUCAGAUUCUGAAGGCUCGUUUAGCGUGAUUUGCUCGCUAAGCACGAGUUAAUGAAUUCUGACUUAGUGAGCUGGGCGCGCUGAGCGCGAGAAGGGACAAAUAACUCGCUGGGUGAGUUGACGGCACGCUGAGUGCGUAUCUUUCUGACUGAUCCUCUUCUAGGGUUUCCUAACACGCUAAGAGAGUUGUGUGUCUCGCUUAGCGAAUGUCACUUUCUAAGCGCAUGUGCCUCGCUUAGCGAAUGUCACUCGCUAAGCGCAUAUGCCUCGCUUAGUGAGACACUAGUUGCUUCACCUUUUUCUUCUUUUAGCCUAAAACUGAAGUUGAUUCAACAUAAUUCACAAAAUUGGGAGUAUCUACUGAGUAAAAUAAAACUAAACAUGAAAAUAUGUACAAUUCCUACAAAAAAGAACCAUAAAUUGGAGGAAAGAUGCGAAUUUCAUGUGACUAUUAAAUACAAAAGUUAGUCAUAAAUAACGACUAACAAACUCCCCCAAAUUUACAGUUUUGUUUGUCCUCAAGCAAAGAAAUAACAGUUUACUUGUUCUCAAGUGACAAAAAUCAUAGUGGUUACUAAAAAAUGUGUUUGUUCCAAAACAUUCAAUCACAUAAACAUAAGUGGCAAUCAAUAUUUCAACCAAUAGCUCUUCAUAAAGAUAUGUAGAAUUUCAAAGAUAUGAACAUGGUCAUUAAGAAACAUAAGUGAAAUAAGCUAGCAAGCAAGACAGAUAUCAAGGAAGGUUCAUCAAGCCUAAUCCUCACGGUCACUGUUUCACUCAUAAGCACAAGUGUUUAAGGCAAUUCUUCAAUUCAACAACCAACACAAGUCUCAACUUUUGCAUUUCUUCUCAUGUCAUACAAUCACAAAUACACAAAUUGAAUAUGAAGGACUUUCUUGGCUUGUAAUGAGGCUGGGCUGCAAACAAUUCAUGGUUUUUCUAGGAUGCAAACAAAAAUUAGGUUCUAAGAGAGUAUUCAUCCUUAGAUCAACUCUUUUCCUUUUAUUCCCAACUUUUAUUGAGAUGACAACAACAUUUAAGGCACUUAGCUUAAGUAACAACACACACAUACUUUUCUUCUUGAAAUAUUUUUUUAGUAGUUGUUUUACUUGCCGCUUCUUGACACAAUUUCUGUGUGGUUGUUAUUUGUCUUGCCACAAUUAUCAUCACCCAAUACCUUCCCCCAAAUUUGGAACAAAUUUGCCUUGAACCAUGAUGCUCUCCUACAACCUAAAGAAAGGUAGAUGGAGAUUAUAAUUUAUCAGGCUCAGGGUUUAACUCAAUCAAUCAUAUAUAGGCUCAACAUGGGUGCAAGAGAUUCAUCAUUCAUGAACAAGGAAAAAGUGGUAGCCACAGCAGGAAUCAAAGAAACAAGAAGAACGUGCCAAUUGCCAAGGGAGAAUGGACCCAAUUACUUCUGCCACUGCCCAAAGUGCACUGCAAAUUGCAGAACAUGUGGUCAAACGACAAGUGGGUUACAUAUUUAAUUACAAAGACAAAUUUAAAGAGGUGGAACAAUACAUUGAGAGGCUGGAUGAUACUAGGAAGAGGGUUCAAAAUGAAGUUAAUGAUGCAGAGAAGAACGGAGAAGAAAUUAACGAUGAAGUUCAACAUUGGUUAAAACAGGUGGAUGAGAAGAUAAAAAAAUAUGAGUGUUUUAUUGAUGAUGAACGCCAUGCACAGACAAGGUGUUCCAUUAGAUUGAUCUUUCCAAAUAACUUGUCAUUGAGGUAUCGGUUAGGCAGAAAAGCUACAAAGAUGGUAGAGGAAAUCAAAGCAGAUGGACAUUCAAAUAAAAAGUUUGAUAAAGUUUCAUAUCGGUUGGGCCCAUCCUCUGAUGCUGCUUUGUUAAACACUGGUUAUGUGAGCUUUGGGUCGAGAAAUGAAACUAUGGAGAAGAUUAUGAAAGCACUGGAAGACUCGACAGUUAAUAUUGUUGGAGUUUAUGGGGCUGGUGGUGUGGGUAAGACUACUUUAGUCAAAGAAGUUGCUGACAAAGCUCGAGAAAAGAAGUUGUUCAAUAUGGUGGUCAUGGCAAAUGUAACAAGAAUUCCUGACAUAGAACGAAUUCAAGGACAAAUUGCUGAGAUGUUGGGAAUGAGAUUGGAAGAGGAAAGUGAAAUUGUAAGAGCAGAUCGCAUUCGAAAGAGGUUAAUGAAAGAAAAGGAGAACACCCUUAUAAUCCUAGAUGAUCUCUGGGAUGGAUUGAACUUGAAUAUACUGGGGAUUCCACGUAGUGAGGAUGACGAUGGGAACCAACAAGAUGUCAAUGAUUUAUCUGAUUUUGGUUACAAUAAGAUGGAAAAAGAAGUGUUUUCUGCCGAUUUCAAUACAAUGAAAAAAGACAAGUUAGCUGUCGAUUUCAGUAUGACGAAAAAAGGCAAGUUAUCUGUUGAUUCCAAUAUGAUAAAAAAAGAAAAGUUAUCAGGUGAUCACAAGGGAUGCAAAAUUCUUCUAACAUCCAGAAGUAAAGAAGUAAUAUGUAAUAAAAUGGAUGUGCAGGAGAGAUCAACUUUCUCGGUAGGAGUCCUUGAUGAAAAUGAGGCAAAGACUUUGCUUAAGAAAUUGGCGGGAAUACGUGCCCAAAGUUUAGAGUUUGAUGAGAAAGUCAUUGAAAUUGCCAAAAUGUGCGAUGGAUUGCCUAUGGCAUUAGUUUCCAUAGGAAGGGCACUAAAGAAUAAAAGCUCCUUUGUAUGGCAGGAUGUCUGUCAACAAAUUAAAAGACAAAGUUUUACAGAAGGGCACGAAUCUAUGGAGUUCACUGUAAAGUUGAGCUAUGAUCAUCUAAAAAAUGAGCAGCUGAAACAUAUUUUUUUACUGUGUGCUAGAAUGGGAAAUGAUGCUUUGAUUAUGAACUUAGUGAUGCUCUGUAUUGGGUUGGGUUUGCUUCAAGGGGUCCACACAAUUAGAGAAGCGAGAAACAAAGUAAAUAUACUGAUAGAGGAGUUAAAAGAAUCAACUUUGUUGGGGGAAAGUUACUCUCGUGACCGCUUCAACAUGCAUGACAUUGUGCGGGAUGUUGCUCUUUCAAUAUCAUCCAAAGAAAAACAUGUAUUUUUUAUGAAAAAUGGCAUACUAGAUGAGUGGCCUCACAAAGAUGAACUUGAAAGGUACACUGCUAUAUGUUUACACUUUUGUGAUAUCAAUGAUGGGCUUCCCGAGAGUAUACACUGUCCUAGACUUGAAGUCUUACAUAUUGACAGUAAAGAUGAUUUUUUGAAAAUACCAGAUGACUUUUUUAAAGAUAUGAUUGAACUCAGAGUCUUGAUAUUGACUGGUGUUAAUCUUUCAUGCUUACCUUCUUCUAUUAAAUGCCUAAAAAAACUGAGAAUGCUUAGUUUGGAGAGAUGCACUCUAGGAGAGAACUUAUCAAUCGUUGGAGAGUUAAAGAAAUUACGAAUUCUUACUCUUUCAGGAUCUAACAUUGAAAGUUUGCCUCUUGAAUUUGGGCAAUUGGAUAAGCUGCAACUUUUUGACUUAAGCAAUUGCUCAAAACUAAGAGUAAUACCUUCCAAGAUCAUAUCAAAGAUGAACAGUUUGGAAGAGUUUUACUUGAGAGACAGUUUGAUUCUGUGGGAGGCUGAGGAGAAUAUCCAAAGUCAAAAUGCUAGUCUUUCUGAGUUGAGGCACUUGAAUCAGUUGCAAAAUCUAGACGUACACAUUCAGAGUGUUUCCCAUUUUCCGCAGAACUUGUUUUUGGACAUGCUGGAUAGUUACAAGAUUGUCAUUGGUGAAUUCAACAUGCUUACAGAGGGAGAAUUCAAAAUCCCUGACAUGUAUGACAAAGCGAAAUUCUUGGCAUUGAACCUAAAAGAAGAUAUUGACAUUCAUUCUGAAACAUGGGUUAAAAUGUUGUUCAAGAGUGUUGAAUAUUUGCUGCUAGGAGAACUCAAUGAUGUUUAUGAUGUUUUAUAUGAAUUAAAUGUUGAAGGAUUUCCAUAUUUGAAACAUUUAUCCAUUGUGAACAACUUUUGUAUUCAAUAUAUUAUUAACUCAGUGGAGCGGUUUCACCCUUUACUGGCUUUUCCGAAAUUGGAGUCCAUGUGUCUUUACAAACUGGAUAAUUUGGAGAAAAUAUGUGGCAAUAAUCAUCUUGAAGAGGCCUCCUUUUGCAGAUUAAAAGUCAUCAAGAUUAAAACAUGUGAUAAAUUGGAAUACAUUUUCCCAUUUUUCAUGGUCGGACUUCUCACCAUGCUUGAAACGAUUGAAGUGUGUGACUGUGAUUCUCUGAAGGAGAUAGUUUCUAUUGAAAGACAAACGCAUACUAUCAAUGAUGACAAGAUUGAGUUCCCUAAAUUACGAGUUUUAACAUUGAAAUCUUUACCAGCAUUUGCUUGUUUAUAUACCAACGACAAGAUGCCUUGUAGUGCACAAUCAUUGGAAGUCCAAGUGCAAAACAGAAACAAAGAUAUUAUCACUGAAGUUGAGCAAGGUGCCACUAGUUCUUGCAUAUCACUCUUCAAUGAAAAGGUUUCAAUUCCCAAAUUAGAAUGGUUGGAGUUAUCCUCAAUCAACAUCCAGAAGAUAUGGAGUGACCAAUCUCAGCAUUGUUUUCAAAAUUUGCUUACAUUGAAUGUGACAGAUUGUGGUGAUUUAAAAUAUUUACUGUCAUUCUCCAUGGCUGGAAGUUUGAUGAAUCUACAAAGCCUUUUUGUAAGUGCAUGUGAAAUGAUGGAGGAUAUAUUUUGUCCAGAACAUGCAGAGCAGAAUAUUGAUGUUUUUCCUAAGUUGAAGAAAAUGGAGAUCAUCUGCAUGGAGAAACUUAAUACCAUUUGGCAACCCCAUAUUGGUCUUCAUUCGUUUCACAGUUUGGACUCUUUGAUAAUAGGAGAGUGCCACAAACUUGUUACGAUUUUUCCUAGUUAUAUGGGGCAAAGAUUUCAGAGCCUUCAAAGCUUGACAAUUACAAAUUGCCAGUUAGUGGAAAACAUAUUUGACUUUGAAAAUAUUCCACAAACUGGUGUUAGGAAUGAAACAAACUUGCAAAAUGUAUUUCUAAAGGCCUUGCCAAAUUUGGUGCACAUAUGGAAGGAGGACAGCAGUGAAAUACUUAAAUAUAAUAAUCUGAAAAGCAUAAGCAUUAAUGAGAGUCCAAAUUUAAAACAUCUCUUUCCACUUUCUGUUGCCACUGACUUAGAAAAACUAGAAAUCCUUGAUGUAUACAAUUGCAGGGCAAUGAAGGAGAUUGUUGCUUGGGGCAAUGGUUCAAAUGAAAAUGCUAUCACGUUUAAGUUUCCUCAGCUAAACACUGUAUCAUUACAAAAUUCAGUUGAACUUGUGAGUUUCUACAGAGGAACUCACGCUUUAGAGUGGCCAUCGUUGAAGAAAUUGUCCAUACUCAAUUGUUUCAAGCUGGAAGGGCUCACUAAAGACAUCACAAACUCACAAGGGAAGCCAAUUGUGUCGGCUACAGAAAAGGUGAUAUACAACUUAGAAUCUAUGGAAAUCAGCUUGAAGGAAGCAGAGUGGUUGCAGAAAUACAUUGUUAGUGUUCACAGAAUGCACAAACUACAAAGACUUGUCUUGAAUGGAUUGGAGAAUACUGAAAUUCCCUUUUGGUUUCUUCAUAGACUUCCCAAUUUGAAAAGCUUAACAUUGGGGAGUUGUCAAUUGAAAAGUAUUUGGGCUCCUGCAAGCCUCAUUUCACGUGAUAAAAUAGGUGUUGUUAUGCAACUUAAGGAGUUGGAAUUAAAGAGUUUGUUGUCUUUAGAAGAGAUAGGAUUGGAGCAUGACCCACUUCUUCAGAGGAUAGAGCGCUUAGUCAUUAGUCGAUGUAUGAAAUUGACAAAUUUAGCAUCAUCCAUAGCAUCUUACAAUUACAUAACACAUUUGGAAGUGAGAAAUUGUAGAUCGCUGAGGAAUUUAAUGACAUCCUCAACUGCUAAAAGCUUGGUUCAACUCACAACCAUGAAGGUAUUCUUAUGUGAAAUGAUUGUGGAAAUCGUUGCAGAAAAUGGAGAGGAAAAAGUACAAGAGAUUGAGUUUAGACAAUUAAAAUCUUUAGAAUUGGUGUCUCUAAAAAAUCUCACAAGUUUUAGCAGUUCCGAGAAGUGUGACUUCAAAUUCCCAUUACUGGAAAGUUUAGUAGUGAGUGAAUGCCCUCAAAUGAAAAAAUUCUCUAAAGUCCAAAGUGCUCCAAACCUUAAAAAAGUACAUGUUGUAGCUGGAGAAAAAGACAAAUGGUAUUGGGAAGGUGAUUUGAAUGACACUCUACAAAAGCAUUUCACACAUCAGGUUUCUUUCAAAUAUUCAAAGCAUAAGAGACUUGUUGAUUAUCCUGAGACCAAGGGUUUUCGGCACGGCAAACCUGCUUUUCCGGAGAACUUCUUUGGCUGUUUGAAGAAAUUGGAAUUUGAUGGAGAAUGUAUAAGACAGAUUGUAAUUCCAUCUCAUGUACUUCCUUACUUGAAGACCUUAGAAGAAUUGGAUGUACAUAACUCCGAUGCAGCGCAGAUAAUAUUUGACAUGGAUCACAGUGAGGCAAAGACCAAGGGUAUAGUCUCUCGUUUGAAAAAACUUACUCUAGAAGACUUGUCAAAUUUGGAAUGUGUAUGGAACAAAAACCCACGAGGAAUUCUCAGCUUUCCCAAUCUGCAAGAAGUGGUCGUUUUUAAUUGUAGAAGCUUGGCAACACUGUUCCCUUUGUCCCUUGCCCGAAAUCUUGGGAAGCUUCAGACCCUUGAAAUACAGUUGUGUGACAAGUUGGUAGAAAUUGUUGGAAAGGAAGAUGAAAUGGAACAUGGAACAACUGAAAUGUUUGAAUUCCCUUAUUUAAGGAAUUUGCUUCUUUAUGAGCUGUCACUGCUUAGUUGCUUUUAUCCUGGGAAACACCAUCUGGAAUGCCCCGUAUUAAAAUGCUUGCAUGUGUGCUAUUGUCCUAAGUUGAAGCUAUUCACAUCAGAAAUUCAUAAUAAUCACAAAGAAGCAGUUACAGAGGCUCCAAUUAGCCUGCUACAACAACAACCUCUGUUCUCAGUUGAUAAGAUUGUUCCCAAUCUGAUGGAAUUGGCACUCAAUGAGGAAAACAUUAUGUUGUUGAGCGAUGCACAUUUGCCAGAAGACCUCCUUUUCAAAUUAACUCAUCUUCGUCUAUCCUUUGAGAAUGAUGACAAUAAGAAAGACACUUUGCCUUUUGAUUUCCUUCAGAAGGUACCCAGCUUAGAUUAUCUUCUAGUGGAAAGGUGCUAUGGUCUGAAGGAGAUAUUUCCCUCUCAGAAACUCCAAGUUCAUGACCGUUCACUUCCCGCAUUGAAACAAUUAACACUGUUUGAUCUUGGAGAGCUGGAGACGAUAGGGUUAGAGCACCCAUGGGUUCAGCCAUACUCUCAAAAGCUUCAAUUAUUAAAUCUUAUCAACUGUUCUCAGUUAGAAAAACUAGUGAGCUGUGCAGUGUCUUUCAUCAAUCUGAAAGAGUUGCAAGUGAAGUACUGUAAUAGGAUGGAGUAUUUAUUGAAAUGCUCAACUGCCCAAAGUUUGUUGCAACUUGAGAGCCUAUCUAUAAGUGAAUGUGAAUCAAUGAAGGAAAUAGUAAAAAAAGAAGAAGAAGAUGCUUCUGAUGAGAUCACAUUUGGAAGCCUCAGAAGAAUAAUGUUGGAUUCAUUACCAAGGCUAGUAAGGUUUUAUUCAGGGAAUGCCACUUUGCAUUUCAAGUGUUUGGAAGAAGCCACGAUUGCUGAAUGCCAGAAUAUGAAAACAUUCUCAGAAGGAAUAAUAGAUGCGCCAUUAUUAGAGGGGAUUAAAACUUCAACAGAGGAUACUGAUCACUUAACCUCCCACCAUGAUCUCAACACCACAAUCGAGACCUUGUUUCACCAACAGGUAUUUUUUGAAUAUUCAAAGCAUAUGAUCCUUGUCGAUUACCUUGAGACAACGGGUGUUAGGCACGGCAAACCUGCUUUUCUGAAGAAUUUCUUUGGCGGUUUAAAGAAAUUAGAAUUUGAUGGAGCGAUUAAAAGAGAGAUUGUAAUUCCAUCUCAUGUACUUCCUUACUUGAAGACCUUAGAAGAAUUGUAUGUACAUAGCUCCGAUGCUGCGCAGGUAAUAUUUGACAUAGAUGACACUGAUGCCAACACCAAGGAAAUGGUCCUUCCAUUGAAAAAGCUUACUCUAGAAGACUUGUCAAAUUUGAAAUGUGUAUGGAACAAAACCCCCCGAGGAAUUCUCAGCUUUCCCAAUUUGCAACUAGUGUUUGUUACUAAAUGUAGAAGCCUGGCAACAUUGUUCCCUUUGUCCCUUGCCAAAAAUCUUGUAAAUCUUCAGAUACUUAGAGUACAGAGGUGUGACAAGUUGGUAGAAAUUGUUGGAAAGGAAGAUGCAAUGGAACAUGGAACAACUGAAAUAUUUGAAUUCCCUUCUUUGUGUAAUUUGCUUCUUUAUAAGCUGUCACUGCUUAGUUGCUUUUAUCCUGGAAAACACCAUCUGGAAUGCCCCGUAUUAAAAUGCUUGGAUGUGUCCUACUGUCCUAAGUUGAAGCUAUUCACAUCAGAAUUUCAUAAUAGUCACAAAGAAGCAGUUAUAGAGCAACCUCUUUUCAUGGUUGAAAAGGUUGAUCCCAAACUGAAGGAAUUGACACUCAAUGAAGAAAACAUUAUCUUGUUGAGGGAUGCACAUUUGCCACAAGACUUCCUUUGCAAAUUAAAUAUUCUUGAUCUGUCCUUUGAUGAUUAUGAGAAUAAGAAAGAUACUUUGCCUUUUGAUUUCCUUCACAAGGUACCCAGUGUAGAAUGUCUUCGAGUGCAAAGAUGCUAUGGUCUCAAGGAGAUAUUUCCCUCUCAAAAGCUCCAAGUUCAUCACGGAAUACUUGCGCGAUUGAAUGAAUUAGAGUUAAACAAACUAAAAGAGUUGGAGUCGAUAGGGUUGGAGCACCCAUGGGUAAAGCCAUACUCUGCAAAGCUUGAAAUAUUAAAAAUUCACAAAUGCUCUCGGUUAGAAAAAGUAGUGUCUUGUGCAGUAUCUUUCAUCAGUCUCAAAGAGUUGUAUUUGAGUGACUGUGAAAGGAUGGAGUAUUUAUUCACAUCUUCAACUGCCAAAAGUUUGGUGCAACUUAAGAUCCUAUAUAUAGAAAAAUGUGAAUCAAUAAAAGAAAUAGUAAGAAAAGAAGAUGAAAGCGAUGCUUUUGAAGAGAUCAUAUUUGGACGGCUCACAAAAUUAAGGUUGGAGUCCUUAGGAAGGCUAGUAAGGUUUUAUUCAGGGGAUGGCACCUUGCAAUUCUCAUGUUUGGAAGAAGCCACCAUAGCUGAAUGCCCCAAUAUGAAUACUUUCUCUGAAAGAUUCGUAAAUGCGCCAAUGUUUGAGGGGAUUAAAACUUCAAGGGACGAUUCUGAUUUAACAUUCCACCAUGAUCUCAACUCCACAAUCAAGAAGUUGUUUCACCAACAUGUGGAAAAGUCUGCAUGCGAUAUAGAGCAUUUGAAAUUUGAUGAUCACCAUCACCUAGAAGAGAUAUGGCUUGGUGCAGUUCCAAUCCCAAGUAAAAAUUGUUUCAACAGUUUGAAAUCUUUAACUGUGGUAGAAUUUGAAUCUUUACCCAAUGUGAUUCCUUUUUAUUUGCUUCGAUUUCUAUGUAACUUGAAAGAGAUCGAGGUAAGCAACUGUCACUCUGUUAAGGCAAUAUUUGAUAUGAAAGGUACAGAGGCAGAUAUGAAACCAUCAUCUCAGAUUUCUCUUCCUUUGAAGAAACUGAUUCUAAAUCAGUUGCCGAAUCUGGAGCAUAUCUGGGAUCCGAAUCCUGAUGAAAUUCUCAGCCUUCAAGAAGUGUGCAUUUCUAACUGUCAAAGCCUCAAAAGUUUGUUUCCAACAUCAGUGGCCAAUCAUCUUGCUAAGCUUGAUGUGAGAUCUUGUGCAACAUUGGAAGAAAUUUUUGUAGAAAAUGAAGCAGCCUUGAAGGGAGAAACUAAACCGUUCAAUUUCCAUUGUCUGACCUCAUUAACAUUAUGGGAAUUACCAGAGCUGAAGUAUUUCUACAAUGGAAAACUCUCGCUAGAAUGGCCAAUGCUAACACAACUAGAUGUAUAUCAUUGUGACAAGUUGAAAUUGUUUACAACUGAGCAUCAUAGUGGUGAAGUUGCAGAUAUAGAGUAUCCACUUCGUACUUCAAUUGAUCAGCAAGCCGUUUUCUCAGUUGAAAAGGUUUUCCCAAACUUGGUGCAACUAUCACUCAAAAAGGAAGAUGCCGUAGGAAUUUUGCAAGGAAAGUUUCAGGUCAUGCCUAGCUUGGAGCAUCAAGCAACCACUUGCAAAGACAAUAUGAUUGGACAAGGACAAUUUGUUGCAAAUGCUGCACACCUCCUGCAAAAUUUAAAAGUUCUCAAAUUGAUGUGCUACCAUGAGGAUGAUGAGUCAAAUAUAUUCUCCAGUGGAUUACUUGAAGAGAUAUCCAGCAUUGAAAAUCUUGAAGUGUUCUGUAGUUCCUUCAAUGAAAUAUUCUCCUCUCAGAUACCUAUCACCAAUUGUACCAAAGUCCUUUCAAAGCUGAAAAAAUUACAUUUGAAGAGUCUCCAACAGCUUAAUUCCAUAGGAUUAGAACACUCAUGGGUAGAACCCUUACUUAAAGCACUAGAAACAUUGGAAGUGUUUUCUUGCCCUAACAUGAAAAUUUUGGUGCCGUCGACCGUGUCGCUUUCAAAUCUAACCUCUUUGAAUGUUGAAGAAUGCCCUGGAUUGGUAUAUUUGUUCACAUCCUCAACGGCCAAAAGGCUAGGUCAACUGAAGCACAUGUCCAUACGGGAUUGCCAAGCAAUACAAGAAAUAGUGUCCAAAGAGGGAGAUCAUGAAUCCAAUGAUGAAGAGAUAACAUUUGAGCAGCUCCGUGUUUUGUCUCUCGAAUCUUUACCAAGCAUAGUAGGAAUUUACUCAGGGAAGUACAAGUUGAAAUUCCCAUCCUUGGAUCAAGUGACUUUAAUGGAAUGCCCUCAAAUGAAAUAUUCUUAUGUACCUGAUUUGCAUCAAUUCAAGCCUCUUGAGCAAAUUUAAUUGGAAGAGCAGAAGUUUUAGAGAAUCCAUCAUGCAGUACUCAUUAUACAGUCACAAUGACAGUAGAGGGUGAACGUAGGGAAUUCUUCUUCCCGUAUGAUGUUUCUUUUUUUUUCAUGGGAGCAGAUGUUGAUGCAUCAGUGGGACGGAAUCUUCCACCUUAGGCAUUAAUUGUUGGGAUGGACUAGUCUGUUGGAUGAUGGUGGUACUCUUUUUCCUUCUCCUUCGUCUCAUCCCAGUGGUAUUGUCGUAGUAAUAGUUAUGGCCAGUCUGGGAAGUGGUUUAUGUUGUUAGCGCCACUUCCAGCUUGUUUUUGAUGUUUACAUGGAUUUUUAUGUAUUUAUUUUGGGCAGGCUCGUAUAUUUUAUUUGCUAGUUUUCGUUCUUAUGUUUAGAGUUUGAAUUGGUCAUGAAACUUAAUUAUGACAUAUGUGUAGACUUACUUUAUGUUUGAGGUUUAUUUGCAGAUGGUGUAUGCAGUUGCUUCCUUA